AUGGGUGACGAAAGAUACAAGUCACUAAGGUUCCUAUUCAAGGUGGAUUAUAUACAAGUGGACGACGAAAGUCUACAGUUUGAUGCUGAUGGGUUGUGGUCACCUCCGCACGAAUGCACCUAUAGCACACUAUAUUCCACCGAAUGGUUACAACGAACUCCGGAGCGUGUGGUUCCUGCAAAAACCCAUGGAGACAGCGAUUUUGCUGUGUGCAGUCUUCUCUAUAGAUCGUCAACAUCGUACUUCUUUACAGUUCCAGUGGACUGUCGAAACAACGACAGCAUGCAAAGUCACCUUGAGCAGACAGAACAGUCCUGGAGACGACUACGCUUCAAGAACGAUGAGAGACAGAAUUUGUCAAUAGCUACCUUCUCGGCUACCAGCUACACACUUGCAGGACGAGGGUCUCGCGACUGGGUACCAGAACUUCUCCCAGACACAUACAACGAUAGCUAUUGCAGCCCGGUUCCCUUUACCCACCUUACAGGCGACCUAGCGCUGAUUGUGGGCCUUAUUGCCUUCUCUUGUCCGAGGGAAAGGGACAAGUAUUGCCUCUCUGAUAUAAUGCAACGAUGCUUCAAGCCGCCUCGCUGGAGUCCUCACCGAUCACCCCCUCAAAGGAUCGACAGGCACGGCGUGGUUGUAACCAUCAGAGCCGACCCAGAGGCUGGAGACCUGCGUGAAGGAAAGAGGGAACUACGAAAAUUCCAAGAUGGUAGCUACGGCGCUCUCUUUAAAUCCCCCUGA